CUUUUUGUUUUCAAAGUUUAGUUGGGUUUCUUUUUUGAAUUUACCCUUUAAAUUACUUUAAACGAAUGUGUUUAAAUAUGAUCGAGACGAGAGUAUAGUCGUAGAUUUUUUACCUGUCUCUAGUUUGUAAAGUAAAAUAAAAUCUUGAUAAAAUGCGUUUAUCCAAAACUAUAGUGAAAGUUUUUGGAAGUUGUUGUUUAAGCACCUUUACAAUGGAAAUAUUAAUGUUCAAGACGCCAAAUAGUGCGAAUCUAAUCACUUUCCUCCAAUUCUUCUUUAUUUCUUUACAGGGUUUUAUAUUUACUACUAAAUGUGGAUCAAUCACACCGAAAAUACCUCUUAAACAAUAUGCAAUACUCACUGGUUUGUUUUUUAUAACACAUGUUUCCAACAACUAUGUUUAUGCAUUGCAUGUUCCUUCUACAUUACACAUGAUAAUACGGUCUGCUUCUUCUCCAGUUGGCAUGCUAGUCUACUGUAUUAUGAAGCAGCAAUCACCUAAACUAUCAAACGCUCUAGGUUCAAUUCUUAUAAGCAUUGGCAUUGGUCUUGCUAUGUAUGGUGGAACACCAACCGGUGAAAACAGAGGAAAUUUGUUCUAUUGGUGUAUUGGUGUCUCUAUUCUUUUAAGUACACUGGUCACAGGAGCUCUAACUGGACUUCAACAAGAAACAUUAUUUAGAAAAUUUGGAAAACAUCCAGAUGAAAUGAUGUUUUACACACAUGCAAUUGGUUUACCAUUCUUCAUAUCAAUGUAUCCACAUCUUCAGAAUACAGCCUUAAAUCUUCCAUGGGAUAUUUGGAUUCUCAUAUCCUUGAAUACUGUAUUCCAAUUUUAUUGCACGCAUUCUGUUCAUGAGCUGGCUACUAAAGAGACUUCUGUUACAGUUACAUUUAUACUAACUCUUAGAAAGUUUAUCUCAUUGUUGAUAUCUUCAAUAAUUUUCAAGAACAACUUGACUUUAUUACAUGUUAUAGGUACUAUAUUUGUGACUGCUGGUACUUGUAUAUAUUUUGAGUUUUUUUCUUAUCAUAAGCAGAGACCAGUUAAUUAUAAAAGUGAUUAUAAGAAGUUGUAGAUGACUCAUGAACAAUCGAUAUUGAAGCAAUUUUGAAAUAAAUGUAUUUUUGAUUGACAAAAAGAAGACACCAUUUUCUUGUUUAUUCAUUGCAA